AUGCAGCAGAUACCGUUUGCCUCAGAGUUGGACCUUCUCCCCUACUUCAUGUCAGAUUUCAACACAACCGACUUCACCAACCCCUCCACCUUCAUCCUGCUGGGCAUUCCUGGCCUGGAGGUGGCCCAUGUCUGGAUUGCCAUCCCCUUUUGCACCAUGUACGUCAUAGCCGUCUUGGGGAACUUCACCAUCCUAUUCAUUGUGAAGAGGGAGCCAAGCCUCCAUGGACCCAUGUACUACUUUCUCUGCAUGCUGGCUGGCAGUGACCUGGUCAUAUCUACGUCCAUUGUGCCCAAAACAUUGAACAUCUUCUGGUUCAAUUCCAGGGAGAUCGAUUUCAGCGCCUGCCUCACCCAGAUGUACUUUGUUCAGUGCUUCACAGUUAUGGCAUCUGGGAUCCUUGUGGCCAUGGCUUUUGAUCGCUACAUCGCCAUUUGUGAUCCCCUGAGACAUUCCACCACCCUGACAAACCACAGGGUGGCCAAGAUCGGCCUGGCUCUGCUGUUGCGCAGCAGCAUGCUCGUAAUGCCCAAUCCCAUCCUGGCAAGGCAGUGGCCAUAUUGCAGAACCAACAUCAUCCCACACACAUACUGUGAUGGCAUAGCUUUGGUGAAGCUGGCCUGUGCUGACAUCCGUGUCAGUAGUUACUACGGCCUCUUUCUGGCAUUCUUGGUGACUGGUGUGGAUGUGUUUUUUAUUGCUGUGUCCUAUAUCCAGAUCCUCAGGGUCAUCUUCAGCCUCCCCGCAAGGGACGCCCGGCUCAAGGCUUUUAGGACCUGUGGCUCCCACCUCUUUGUCUUCUUAACCUUUUGCAUCCCAUCUUUGUUCUCCAUCCUCACGCACCGGUUUGGCCAGAAUGUCCCCCUGCACUUCCACGUUCUCAUUGCUAACAUGUACCUCUUGGUGCCCCCCAUGCUGAACCCCAUCAUCUACGGGGUGUGGACCAAACAAAUCAGAAACAGGAUGUUCUGGCUCUUCACUUAUAAAGGGACCUAA